UUUAGCAACACAAAUCUGAAGAAUACGGCAGCAUUUAAUUUCCGGUUUGCAGUAUGAAAAGCUUUUCAAGCACUUCUGCAACUCUUCGAUACCAAAUAAAGAGUUUUAAACUCAAAUGUUAGAAAAAGUAAAAAGUAAAGACACAAACCAACAAUUAAAAAUGUUUUUUAGGUUUUCACAUGCUUUAUAAAUUACAGAUCUCUUCAGAUUCUUUUCAGGCUUCUUUAGGAUGUUUUUUUUUUUUUAAUUUCAUUGAAUUAAUUCAACUCAAAUGUUGCAUUCAUGCUGAGAGCUAUGAAGAAAAUCUAGCUGUGAGCGUUUCUCGUGGCUCAUUUUCAACUCACUUUUGUCUGUUCUUUGAGAGGAAUGCGGGCACAAACUUCCUCAAGGUCAUCCGUCACCAGAGAAGCACGGAUGUGAGGAGAAAUGGAGUAUUUAUUGGGUGCAGUAUUAACAAUGGGAUCUCUUCUAGUUGUAACAUGUCCCACUGCUCCUCCAGGCUCUUCAGGCUGUCAAAACACUGUCAAGGGGAGAAGUCACCUUCUUAGGACUCUGGGGGGAAGCAGAGGCGCCGUAUUCCAGCUCUGAUUUGAAGAAAAUAAAAACACUUCAGUGCCUUUUGAGGAAAGCAUUAACAAUGCGGGCCUGGGCGUUCGUUCUGUGUUUUGGAAACAUUCUCCUCGGAUUACAGGCGAGUGAUCAGCAUUCAGGACGGCUCCCUCUAAUUGAGCUCUCUGAAACAGCCUCCCCUGGUCCUCUAAUGCCAGAAAAACCGAGCUCCAACAGCUCAUUUCACCCAACCGAGGUAAACGGGGGAAAAACACCCCAACCUCCCAUGUGCUCCCAGUCUGCUGGGAUCAGAGACACCUUCAAAUAUGUCAACCUCCUGGUCUCACUGCUCGUAUUUGUUGUUGGGAUCGUGGGGAAUUUUGCCUUACUCAAAGUCAUAUAUGUAAAUAAAAACAUGAGAAGUGGACCGAACAUCGUCAUUGCCAGUCUGGCUUUGGGGGAUCUGAUCCACGUUGUGAUCGACAUUCCAAUCAACUCUUACAGGCUCAUGGCAGAAGAUUGGCCCUUUGGUUUAGUUCUAUGCAAACUUGUCCCCUUCAUCCAGAAAACUUCUGUUGGGAUUACCGUGUUAAGCUUAUGUGCUUUGAGCGUUGACAGAUACCGAGCUGUGAUAUCCUGGAAUCAAAUCAAAGGCAUCUGGGUUCCUGUGUGGACAGCAAUUGAAAUAACCCUGAUAUGGGUUAUUUCAAUCCUGCUGGCUGUUCCUGAAGUUGUCGGCUUUGAUAUGAUAACGAUGGACUACAAAGAGAAGCAUCUGAGAAUAUGCCUGCUUCACCCCAUGCAAACCACCCAGUUCAUGCAGAUGUAUAAAGCAGUGAAAGACUGGUGGCUGUUUGGCUUCUACUUCUGCAUGCCGCUGGCCUGGACUGCAGUUUUCUACACACUCAUGACCCGGAAAAUGCUGAGAAAUACAGAAAACACUUUGAGCGAACACAUCAAGCAGAGGCGGGAAGUCGCAAAAACUGUCUUCUGCUUGGUGUUGGUGUUUGCACUCUGCUGGCUGCCUCUAUAUCUCAGCAGAAUCUUGAAAUCAACCAUGUAUGAUGAGAAAGACCCCGAUAGAUGCCAGUUACUGAGCAUUUUCCUCAUCCUGGACUAUUUUGGCAUAAACAUGGCAUCGCUGAACUCAUGCAUCAACCCUAUUGCGCUGUAUAUAGUCAGCAAAAGAUUCAAGAGAUGUUUCAAGGCGUGUCUGUGCAGUUGGCGUCUGCCUUUUCAAGCUGAUACCCACGACGAGGCGCAGGCUGUUUUGAAGUCCAGAAUGCAGGAUCAAGGCUCCGAGCAGAGCUGCAACAUCAAAGCUCACGGAGAGACUUCCACACCCCCACCUGUUAACAAUUUACCUUGUUAACAAAACUCACACACGUUUGUAAAUUUCUGCUUUUGUCAAUAUAACUUUAUUAAAUGUGUACAGUUA